GAAAGCUCAUUUUCUUGGAUACAUUUCUACAUAUAUUGGUGAAUGAAUAUAAAAUACUGCAUCGGGGAUUAUUUUAAGGUUCAAAUGUUUCAAAUGCAUCUUACAAUAUACGAAAAUAACUCUCAUCAGUCUGAAAUUCACAAUUUUGACGCCAUUGUCGCUUUGUCACGUGACGAGUUUUUAUUUCGAUACUUUCAGAUCGACCUUGACAUUAUUUGCUGAAAUUGUAAACAUUACUUUCGUUUUCUGAAAUCUAUUAUUUGUGAUAAACAACUUACGUCUGGUGGAUUAUAAGACUGAUUUCAGUGUGAAUCCGGUAGUUUUAAAUAAUAUUUACUUUGAGUUUGUAUUAACACUACAAUUUGUUUACAAAACAAGCGAGAAUAAUCUAAAAUACCGGGAAAUGUCAUUCUGAAUUUGAAAACACUUGAGCACAUGGUAUGUUACUAAAAAUAGAAAUAACGUCAUAUGACCGUGAAAUCUCGGGAGAUUCGCAUUUCAAGUCCAGUGUCAUGUAGCGAGUCCUGUUACACAGGGUGGUAUACUUAUACUACCUGCACAUACUAUUGCUGCGAAAGCUCAACUUACGGCUACGACUAUUGCUGCUACUCCAAAAGCAGCUACAACUACGAUUACACUUACACGACCUCAACUAGCUUUGCUUAUUGGAUAAUUGCCCCAAUCGUCAUAGGAGCGGUCGUGUUCAUUGCUGGCUGCGGAUUUAUCAUCAGGUGUUUUUGCAUGACCGUUAACGGUAAGACGCACUAUCAGGCUUGGUCGCACAGGCGUGUGGGAGCGACGUCGGUAGAAAUAACCUCAUCAGUUAACCAGCAGCAAUCAACGAUGAACUCUUACCCCCAGCAACUGAACCCGCAAGCUUACCCCAUGUAUCCGCAACCCUACUCCAUGGGCCAACAACCUUACGGCAUGGUUCCCCAGUACGGCUUUUCGAUGCAGCCGGGUGGUUCGCAGCCGGCAGUUCCUCCUCCGUACUCCUCCGAGCAAGGGAAAUAAGAUGCAAGCAAUCUUCCAAAAAACUAGAAAUGGCGAUAUAUCAAACGGACAGUUUAAUAGAAUUGAAGAAAAUGUUAUAAUGAUUUGAUAUUGAACGGAAUUUAUCCCAUUUUCCCAAGUGUGUAAUGAUAAAAUAAACCCCCGAUACUUAUCCAAGCUCUAUUUAAAAAUUGUCUUGCAAGGAUAAAGUCAUCACCCGCAGAACAAUGACGUCAUUUUGUGCUUCAAGAUUUAUUCUUUAUCUUAAAAAAAAACCAGACUCAAUGAUGUAUUCUGAACGGAAUGUUGACAUGUUAUUUGAUGUUGUUGUGUUGUAUUACUUUUCUCUUUUCUUUUAUUCCAAAAUUUUAAAACUAUAUAAUUUAAAGUUUUAUCUAAAUGUAUUAACAUUGAGUAAUAAAGUCUUCUUUACCU